AUGGACAUUCUUAGAAUGCUCGUUGCCCUGGUGCUGGUAUUUUGUUCUCUUGCGGUGGCGUUGCAAUUCGUACUGGGCCCCAUUUACGGCGGCAUAGGACAGGCCGAAUUGGCGGUAUGGUAUUACCUCGAUAUGCUGAUGGCAGUCUCUAUCGUGAUUACGGUGGCGGUCCAACUUCAGAGGAAACGGGCAGCGGACCGGAGCCGGGGAGAAAAUCUGAAUCGGGAACGCCUUGAAGCCAACGUCAUGUUCUAUUUGUCCCUGAUUGUUGCCCUGUGGUUCUUCCGCAACUGGUUCGAUUUCCUGUCUUCAGAUCCAAUUGGCGACCAGUCGGCGGCCACUAUGGUCAUCUGGUACAUACUCGAUCCUUUGUUGGUAAUUCUGGUGGGACUGACCGGUAUGCGUUUGUGGCGCAGUUCGGCGCCUUCGGGGAGCUACAUGAACACCGGUCGAAGUUAG